CGCCUCAGCCUGUUAUGGGUGAACGUCCCUUCACCAUUGAUUCUUAUUCCACCACCACGGACGAUAGCAGACCGUCACCUGUGCUGGACGUCAGUCGCGGACCGCGCCGACCGUCCCUCUCAGCUCCCCGCGUGCGUCACCUGCUCAUACCGGCUGCAGCCGACUGGAACUGCCCCACAAGCACUCACGCGCACCAGCCCGCGACCUAGUACUGAGUAGUAUUAUCGAUCCGUAUAACGGUAUACCAGUGGCCUGCUCGCCGUCUCCAACCUCAUCUUGACAUCCAAUAUGGCCGACACUCCACCGCGAAUACAAAUCCCCAAACGGCCCAAGGGCGUAUCCUUCCGACGUUCCUCGCCGGGUCCGCGACCUUCUUUAAACGAACAGUCCCCAUUGCUUAUACCCACAAGAUCAGGAGAAGUGGAGGGUCUGGGCAAAGUUGUUUCCCCUCUGGGGAGUGACGAGUGGAACCCAGAGGCUGAUGGCGAGACCAAGAGCAGUUGGUAUCUUUUUCUGUUGACCCUCGGCGGCCUCGGUUUACAGAUUGGCUGGUCGGUAGAGACGUCGAAUGGAUCGCCCUAUCUGCUUUCCCUCGGAGUCAGCAAGUCGCUCCUCGCCCUCGUCUGGAUCGCCGGACCCCUCUCCGGCGUGCUCGUACAGCCUUAUGUGGGCCUAAAAAGUGACAAUUGCAUGAUACGAUGGGGGAGGCGGCGACCAUUCAUCGUGGGUGGGGCAAUAGCCACGAUCAUUUCCCUCAUGUUUCUGGCAUGGGUCCGGGAGAUCAUAGGCGGCUUCUUGGGCAUCUUUGGUGCUAGCCAAGACUCACAAUGGGUUAAAGAUACCGUAUUAUUUUUCGCAGUUGUUAUGGUUUACGUGCUUGACUUUGCAAUCAACGUCAUCCAAGCUGGCAUCCGCGCUUUCAUCGUCGACUGCACCCCUACGCACCAGCAAGAAUCCGCAAACGCUUGGAUGAUCCGUAUGUCCGGUAUUGGCAACAUACUAGGCUAUCUAGCGGGCAAUGUGAAGUUGCCGAAAUACUUCCCUUGGCUUGGAGGCAGUCAGUUCAAAGUCCUUUGCGCCAUCGCCUCCUUCAUCAUGGCCGUCACAGUCGCCAUCAGCUGCCUCACGAUUCAGGAACGGGACCCGCGCUUCGAUGGACAUGUUCCCGAGACACAGGAUGGCGUUUUGGCCUUUUUCAAAUCCCUUUACAAGUCUGUGCGAACCCUCCCCGAUCAGAUCAAAAGAGUCUGCGAGGUUCAAUUCUUUGCCUGGAUCGGCUGGUUUCCUUUCCUCUUCUACAUAACGACUUAUGUUGGUGAGAUAUACGUAGAACCUUACUUCGAGGCCAACCCCAACAUGACGGACGAAGAAAUAGACCACAUAUGGGAAGAAGCGACUAGAAUCGGAACGCGCGCGCUGCUCAUUUUCGCUAUUACAACCUUCAUCGCAUCGGUUAUCCUUCCGUUCAUCAUCCCUCCCACCUAUGAGCCACCAAAACCAGGCAAUACGUCUCCCAGGACACCAAUGACGCCCAUGGCCCCGAGCACCCCUGUGUCUAUGUCAGGCUCAGGGUACUUUUCUCUAAGACAGCCGGAAAAGCACCAAGGAGGCGGUGUCUCUGCUCGCAUCGCGGAAUACAUGGCCAUGCUGCAGGUUCAGAGUCUCACUUUGCGCCGCGCCUGGUUGAUCUCCCACGUCAUGUUUGCCGUUUUGAUGGCUCUCACCUUCCUCGUCAACAGCACGCUGACCGCAAGCAUCCUCGUUGCGCUCAUCGGCAUCCCGUGGACUCUGACCAACUGGGCUCCCUUUGCUCUCAUCUCCUCGGAGAUCUCGAAGCGCGAUGCCAUCCGCCGCGGCCUGCUGCGUCCUUCGAGCAGAGAGGCCGCACUCAUCGCCUCGGGCGAGGAUGAGGCGAGCGCGGAGAACUCAGACAAGGCCGGCGUCGUGCUCGGCAUUCACAACGUGGCCAUCGCUGCGCCGCAGGUCAUCGCUACACUCGUGAGCUCCUUCAUCUUCAAGAUGCUCCAGAAGCCACGAGGGUCUCCAGGCGACAAUAGCGUAGCUUGGGUCCUGCGCUUCGGCGGCUGCUGCGCCAUCGUCGCUGCCUGGUUGACGCUCAGAGUCAAUGAGGAGAAGGAGGAUGCCGAUCUCGUUGAGGCAGAGGUGGAGUAUAGAACUAGACGAGAGUCGUGAGUCGGGAAGGGAGCUUCCAAGCAUCACUUGGAGUUUUGCGUCUUGGGUAGUUCCGACAGCAUUGGAAUCCGGGGUGGUCCAGCGGUUGGAUCCUGCAAUGUGUUUUGGUGUUGUCGUGGGGUUAUAUAUAGCAUACUAUGGAGUUGAGGUGUAACUCUGAGGUCUCUUGUAGAGGGAUGCUUUGAGCAAAUGAAUUAUGUGAUCAGAUU